GAGGAGGAGGAAGAGGGAGCUCUAUGUCUCUCCUGCAUCAGCGUCAACAUCACUGCCACGCCAGCCUUCGUCACCAGAAAACAACAAGGAAGAUCGUCGCACAACAGAGAUAUGAAAAAAAGCACCAGCAGCUCCUCCUCCUCUUCCUCCACCAGACGAGCAUCCACAGAUUAGGCCAAGACGGUUCUACCUUUUCCAGGCACAGGCAUCUUAAAGCUACCCAAGGCAGGAGGAGCUCCUAUAGGCAUGACCUGAGGGGAGGCAGGAAAGCAUCAAACGCUUAUCAUCAACAUGGGCAACCAGGAGGCUAAGCAAAAGAAAGCUGCAGCAGCAUCGGGUAAUGGAAGCUACCCUUCGCUGGAUGAAGGAUGGAGAGAGGGAGGAGGGGACAUCACAAAAAAAGGAGGAAAGAAACUCCACAGUAAGCAUGGAGGUAAAGGAGCAGGCAGCGGUGGAGGAGGAGGAGGAGGAGGAGGGGGGAUGCAUGGCACAGGACCAGGAAAGAAGAAAAACAAAUCAGAGUCCAAGUCCUCUGUUUUCUCCAUCCGGAAGAGAAAGGGCAACCUGAAAGGGAAAGGAGACGCGUGUUCAUCAGUAACAGGCUCAAAGGAGGACGUUUUAGCAUCUCAACAUGAAGAACUGGACAGCACAAAAACACCUGAAAUGUCUGCAGAUGAGCUUGGACAGUCAGACACUGAGGCCGAGAAGAAAAAGAGACCAGAGCCGGGGAGAAAGGAUGGAGACGGACGGGAGCAGAGGCAGGAGGUGCAGCGGAAAGCCUCAACAGCAGCAACAUCUCCCGCAGAGGAUGGAGGGCAGAAAGGAGGGAGCUCAGGGUCGGACACAGAUAUAUAUAGCUUCCACUCAGCAGCUGACCACGAGGAUUUGCUUGCAGACAUCCAGCUUGCUAUAAGGCUUCAGCACCAACAGCAUGGGGGGGUUAACUCAAUUGUGGAAGCACAGGAAGGGGGCGAAAGGGAUCUGAGCUGGGGAGGAGGAGAGGAGAGGAGGAAGCAGAGUAAUGGGGUCAUUAAAUUAACUCCUCCUGAGGUGCUUGACCUGACCCCAGAAUUAGAGCUGGGCUCUGAUGCCCUGUCAUUCCUAGAGACAGGGACUCUGUCUGGCUCUGUCAAGCACGCAGACCAGCCUCCAGCACCACACCUCCCUUCGUACACAGAGGUGCAUGAGAGGAGGGAGGAGAAGGAAAAGGAGGAGGUGGAGCAUCCGGAGCUAAAUGGGAAGGGGCAGAGGGAGAGAGAAGCCUCUCUUUGUGUUGCCACAGGCACAAAAGACCAGCAUGCUUGGGUGCAGCAGCCCCCUCACACAGACAUCACCAUGGCUACUGUAGGGGGGGAAGCAGUCAGCCCUGUCGCCAUGACAACCAGCGCUAACAGCUUCCCUGAUCUCACAUUUGACAGUGCUGGGAAAACCUCAGGGGACGAGGAGGAAACUGGAGGUGAAGUAGAGGAGGAGAGGGAGCCUGGGGUGGAUGUGGAUCUCAGUCCUCCAACCGCAGACAGCCACAUCAAAAGUCCAGAACCCACCGAAGUGCUGAGCUCAGGGACCGUGUUUGGAGAAGGUGAGGGUCAGUUGGGCUCGGGUACCAGUGCAGAGUCCCUAGAGGACUGCCUGAGUGCUGGAUCCGAAUCCCACCACUUUGCUGCUGCCAGCACCAGUGCCUCCCCCUCCAACCAGGAGUGCAGGAGGAGCAGCGUGUCCUUCCUGCCUCCCCAGGAGAGCCCCACCCUAGCCAAACGACUCCUCAGGUCCACCCACUCAUCCACCUCCUCUAGCCCUGUGGUGAAACCCUACCCUCCCAUCUUCCCCUCCUACAUCAAGACUACCACGAGACAGCUAAGCUCCCCAGGACAGUCCCCAGCCCUGUCCCCCUCCCACAGCCCCCUGUCCCCGCGCAGAGCCAACCAUCACCUCCACAGGACGAUGGCUGAGGGUCAUCAGGUCCAUAGGCAGCGCUCUCGAAGCCUCGCUGGGCCUCUGAGUCGCUCAGCUGACUGGACGGAGGAGCUUGAGAGGAGGAUGAGGAGCAGAGAGGAGGAUGGAGGAGGUUCAGGAGAAUAUUUGGUGGGCUACAGAGGAGGAGGCAGUCAACCCAUCUGUGCUACCAGAAGAUCCUCCUGUGGACAGGUUUCUACCUGCGGCUUUCAGGACAUCUUCACAGGUCGAACUCUUCUGGAGAAGCUGUUCCUGCAGCAGCAACAGGAGGAGCCGGAGGAGGCUGAGAGGCUCUGCUCCAGGAUCUUGGCCAUGGGUCUCCUGCUGCCUUUCACUGACUGCUUCAGAGAGCAGCUGGGAGGCAGCACUGCCCACAUCACCUCCACAGCAGCAGCCAAAUUUGACCAUGACCAGCUGUAUACAUGGGCCGCAGUUAACCAGCCGCCUCACUCCCUGGAUCCUCUUGAAGGGAAAAUACUACCAGGGCAGCUGAAGGGCCCCUGGCCUCCAACCAAACCAGGCGGAGACAACAGGACUGGACUCAAAUCCACAGAGGCAGAAGACAAUCAAGAACACCAUGCAGCCAACUUGGGUUUGAUGCAACAAGAGAAGGAGAGCCAACAGGAGGAGUGUGUCCUUCCUUCAGCUAAACUGAAGGAGAAACACGUCAACGUCAUCCAACAGCUGGAACAAACCAUAGAGGAUCUCAGGACUAAGAUAGCUGAGCUGGAGCGACAGCCCCCUCUGCUGGACAGAGACAGUAUGAAGCCCACCACCUCCACCACAGACAAGGAGUGUGGAGGAGAGGAGGGCCUGCUGAGGGUGGUGUGUGACGCUCACCUGCAGACUGAAGCAGCUCUGGCUCCAGGCUGCCUGGAGGCCAAGUCGGUGCAGACUUCGCCCAUGGACGACAGCUUUAAGUUUAAAGUGCCUUGUAGUGAGCCGGGUGGAGUCAACGGCUUCCUGCAGCCUCCACCCAGGCAGGACGGCUUCCAGUGUUCAUGUCAGCUGCAGCCUCCUCCUCCACCUCCGCCUCCACUUCCAGGAGGAGCAGUACCUCCUCAGUGUCUACCAGGACAGAUUGUGGCACCACCUCCUCCACCACCUCCUCCUCCACCAUUACCAGGAGGCUCAGUGCCAGCUCCUCCACCUCCACCUCCAUUACCCCCUGGUUUGGCAGUUCCUACACCUCCACCCCCACCUCCUCCUCCUCCACUUCCUGGUGGCCUUGCUCCACCCCCACCACCUCCUCCUCCUCCACUUCCUGGUGGCCUUGCUCCACCCCCACCACCUCCUCCUCCUCCUCCUCUCCCUGGUGGCAUUGCUCCACCUCCUCCUCCAUUACCAGGAAUGGGAGGUCCACCUCCUCCGCCACCACCUCCAGGCUGUGGGCCUCCUCCACCACCUCCUCCACCAGGAGCCAUCUCGGUACCCCCUAGUCUUCCAGGGGCUCUGGGCUCCCUGCCUCCUCCUUUGCCGUUGGGGCUGUACGCUCUGGGUCUGACCCAGGAGAAGCCACCCAGGAAGGCUGUGGUGGAGCCUCCCAGACCAAUGAAGCCCCUCUAUUGGACCAGGAUCCAGCUCAGCAACAAAAAGGAUGUUUCCAAUUCAUUGGUGUGGGAGACCAUUGAGGAGCCUGACUUGGACUUUGAGGAGUUUGUAGAAUUGUUCUCUAAAACAGCUGUGAAGGAGAAGAAGCAGCCGCUCUCUGACACCAUCACCAAGUCCAAGGCCAAACAGGUUGUUAAGCUCCUAAGCAAUAAGCGUUCUCAGGCAGUAGGAAUCCUCAUGUCCUCUCUGCAUCUGGACAUGAAAGAUAUCCAACAUGCCAUCCUGAACCUGGACAACACAGUGGUUGACCUGGAGACCCUGCAGGCCCUGUAUGAAAAUAGGGCCCAACAGGAGGAGCUGGACAAGAUUGAAAAGCACAUCAAGUCCUCAAAAGACAAGGAGAAUGCCAAACCUCUGGACAAACCUGAGCAAUUUCUCCACCAGCUCUCCCUCAUCCCAAACUUCUCUGGCAGAGUCUUCUGCAUCCUCUUCCAGUCCAGCUUCUCUGAGUGCAUGUCGUCCAUCAUGAGGAAACUGGACACACUGCAGAGGGUAUGCAAGUUGUUGCAGGACAGUGAGACGGUGAAGCAGGUUCUCGGUCUGGUUCUGGCUUUUGGAAACUUCAUGAAUGGUGGUAAUCGAACCAGAGGUCAAGCUGAUGGCUUCACCCUCGAUAUCCUGCCCAAACUCAAAGACGUCAAGAGCAGCGACAGCAUGAAAAGUCUUCUGUCGUACAUUGUAGCGUACUACCUCAGACACUUCGAUGAGGAUGCUGGCAGAGAGACGUGUGUGUACCCUCUCCCUGAGCCUCACGACCUGUUCCAGUCUUCACAGAUGAAGUUUGAAGACUUUCAGAAAGACUUGGUUCGACUCAGGAAGGACCUGCGAGCGUGUACAUCAGAAGUGGAAAAGGUGUGCAAGGUCUCAGACGAAGACAACCUGCAGCCUUUUAAAGACAAGAUGGAGGAGUUCCUGGUACAAGCUAAAAGUGAACUGGAGACCCUGGAAACUCAACUCAGCAGCACUCACAAACUGUUCCUGGAGCUCACAGUGUUAUUCUCAGUGAAGGCCAAGGCAGGUGAGAAAGAGACUUCACCCCACACUUUCUUCAGCAUCUGGCAUGAGUUCUCCUCUGACUUCAAGGACCAGUGGAAGAAGGAGAACAAAGUCAUUCUCAAGGACAGGUUAAAAGCGGCAGAAGAGUGUUUCCGGCAGGCCAAGGAGAAGGCUUCCUACAGCGUCAAACCCAAACAUGCCUCUGGCAUCAAAGCCAAGCUUGGCAUGAAGAUUUGAAUUAGUGGACAUGGAAUGCUUGUUUUCCUGACUUUGGGCACCAGCAGUGAUUCAAAAGACAAACAAAAAUAUGAAGUGGACAGAAGAGGAAAAUGAAUUGAUGUAUGUGCAGCUGAGCCUACUCUGGACGUCUUGUUUCGUUGAAUUAUUUCUUCCACUUGAAUACAUUUUGCGUGCUCUGUCAGCUUGAGGCCUUAUGUUGCUCUCCUGUCUGAUAACUGAAUUCAACACAAACAUGGAUGAGUGCUGCUGAAGGGCCACCAGGCAGCAGGAAUCAUGGGCUGCUGGGAUCACCACAGCUCAGAAACAACAUUCGCUGGAAUAAUAACAUUCUGUCUGUGCGGCCUGUAUGCCUACAUGUAUAAAAAACAGAUGUCUUACUGAUUAAGAUUUUUCAACACAAUAGAAAAGGAAAACACAGUUCAACACAACCCAUGUCAUAAAUCACAUCAGUAGCUUAAAUAAUUAAGGAAUGUAACUUCAAACUGUUAAGCAAUCAGAUCCACCAGAUGUGAAAGCUUGUUUGCAGUGAGAUUUUGUGAACGUAGCUUGGAAAUAAUGGAGAAAGCAGCACAGGAGAAUUUAAGGCUGCAAGGCAAACCUCAACUACUACAGGAACAGCGCUUAUGGGUCAAAGCCCCGGAAUGGAAACUGUGGAGCCAGUUUGGGUCCGAUUGGGGGUAUACAUGCAGGAGUAAUUCAACUCCCCAUCACAUUAUCUAGGUAUGUUAGUCAGACUUUGAGAAAUUUAAUUUAGUACGAUUUCAGUCCGACUAACAUGUUUACAUGUACUUUUGAAAGUCCAGUUUUAGUCAAACUAACACAAUAAAUCGAUUUUCUCUAAUGUCAUGAAAACAUACUGACUGAAGGAGCCAGGCACUAAUAUGCACUCGGAUGUGACUUGUGUGUUAAAACAGCGCACUUUUGAUUUACUUUUCUAUUCAACAUACAUUUAACAUGUUUGUUACACAUACUACAUCAGCAUGCAACAUGAUUAAUGAAGCUGAACUUAAAGAUGCACUAUGCAGGAUUUUGUUAAAAAAAAACAUUGUAUAGACUAAUACAAAGGUAUUCCCUCUCAUUCAUCACUUAUGACCUACUAGAAGUGUGUGGUGGUGUAUUUAUCCAGUCCAUUCUCAUUCCCAGGUCGUCAUAUACUGACACUUCAUCACACCUCCCCAGCCUACGAUACAGAGGGCAAAGGCACCUUCAGCUAACUCCAAUGACGAAAAGUCAACAUUUUUUUAACAUACUGUUACGCAAGUUAUGUAGAUCCCAUGUGAAAGCAAAGGUCAACCUUGUUUUGAUGUGGCAUUACAUAACUUUAACACAGUCUCAAAGAAAUACACUGCUCAAAAGAAUUAAGGGAACACUGAAAUGACACAUCAGAUCUUGAUGAAUGAAUUGUUCAAGUUGAAAAUCUUUACUGAUGUUCAUUGUAGAAUUUGUUGAGAACAAAUUGGCAUAAUAGGACUCAGUAGAAAACAAAAUCAUCAAUGCACUGAGGGCUGGAUUCCAAAUCACACUGAAAAUCAAAGUAAAAAAUUUAAAUCGAGGCUGAGCCAACUUGUGUUAAUUUUAUCACAACAACUCAUAAUGUGACUCAGUAGUAUGUAGGGUCCUGGCAUGCCUGUAUAGACUCCCAACAAUGUCUGGGCAUGCUCCUGAUGAGUCUGUAGAUGGCGUUUUGGGGGAUCUCCUCCCAGACCUGGAUCAGGGCAUCAGUGAGCUCCUGGACAGUCUGUGGCUGUAAAGGGACGUGACAUACUUAUGUGACUCACAUGACUCACAUGACGUAGGCUAUGUAUGUUAUGUUACAUACUUAUUUUAACUUGAAACAUUGUGUUUUUUCGAAGUCUAACCAAGUAGUUUUGUUGCCUAAACCUAACAGCAACCAUUUGACAGCAUUAACCACUUGUUAAAACGUAUUUAAUCUCGGUGACAGUUGUGUGUCUCAUACAGACACUUGAAGCUAUAGUUGGUAAUGUUGGAGAGCUAGCAAGAUUUGAAAGCAGCACCUCCUCUAAGCUCCGACCCCUGCUCCCCGUCCCAUCAGUGCUCCGUCCACAGCCACGAGCCCAGACAUGCCUGGACACGCAUCCUGCAGUCAGCAGAGCAGCGGAGAGCCGAGUAAAAUAACAAAUCCCCCCAAAGCAAACAAAUAAUUACCUGUCCAACAGAAAGACAGCAACCU